AUGGAGGCUUUGACUCUACAACUUCAACGCAAUAAUGAGGAAACGAUUGAAUGCUGGGACGACGAUAAUGAUUUAGAAUGCACGGACGAUACACAAUUUCGCAUCGCCUCAUCAGCUACCUCGGUCACAAAUUCCUCGCUAGUGCGCCGCUCUGGACACCGAGAUUCUAUCUCCUCUCGGCGCUCGGCGCGCUCUGAUCUUGACUCCAAUGCCGGUACCGAUGAGGAUUGGCAAGUUCUGCUGCAUGACAAUGAUGAUGCAGUAACAGAAGAUGCCAUUGCUUCGGCUAAGAAUGCCGGUAUCCCAAUUCCUACGAAUGUCCCGAAAUCCGCUCUUGUUGGAGGUACGAUCAAACGACUUGGAAAAAGGAAGCCAAAGAAGAACUUUGUGGACGACUGGUCUGAAGAUGUGGAAUUUCCGGGACCUGGAGAGACCCUGCAGUUGAAACCUCCCCAGGAAAGCCUUUUCCCCGACACCCUCCGCACAAUCAGCUCUGCAGUCACAAGUCCCAUUAAGGCACCCCCUAGUCCUUUCUGGGAUGAUGAUCAUUCAACUCGUUUACACUCGGCUCUAACAAGAUUGGACCAAUUUCGUGAGGAGGAUACUUCGGAUGCUCAAGCAGUACCAACCAUAAAAGCAGCAAAACCUUGGCGAUCCCAAGAAGUCACGAUCCCUCAAGACGGCUUUCCAUUCCCUGGUGCGGAAACAGAGUCUGAAAACUUUGAUGCAGAUUUCGAUUUACCAGCCGACAACUUAAAACUGCAACUUACUACUCACAAAGAUGUCCCCAGGGUAUUGGGUCCUGCUCCCGAAACCUUUGACGUGGAUUGGUCCGAGGGAAGCAUCGGGAUAAGAUUUGGCGGUACAACUCGAGAUCACCGUUCAAACCCCAGCUCUUCUGUAUCCAUUGCUAGCCCAAGCGUAUCAAGUUACUUGACUGGUGAAAGUGAAGACGACGGCAUCGAUGGGAUCAUUAUUCCUGCCGGUCCACUGGACCUGGAAGCCAAGUUGAAGAAGCGUCAAAGUACCAGUCACGCGGGUUUUGCUGGUCCUCCAAAUAAAACUAGCCCAAGGCAGCCCCCCCCCGAUAUAGACGAUUUUCUUUCCGGCCUCGACGUCGAGAACGAUGAUGCCUUUGCGAUUGGAAAACUUUCCCUUAACCCGAACAUCAAGCGGAAAUCCGGGCGUCCUGGAAGUCCGGCACGUCGGCUUGCAACUACAAUUACUUUUACGAAUACAAAGCAUUCCCCCAAGACCAGGAUACCUCGCCUCUCUGGGCAUGAUCGUCAUUCAACACAUCUAGAGACAGUAUCGGAGAGCGGAGCUCCCAUCUUCAAUUUUCGAAGACCCCAAUCUCGGCUCGGUAGCCAUACAUCACACUCCUCCGUUUCUAGUUGCCCUCCCUCCGCCAUCCCAGUAACACCACCUCACCUUUCAACGCCGAGUCGCCGGUCUACGGGAGCACGAACUUCCCGAGACCCAUUUAUUAGCGACAAUGUCUCCUCGAGUACAAAACGUCUGAAACCAAAACGCUCGAUGCCAGCUAUGCGAAAUACCAAUAGCAGUGGAUCGACACCACCCUUCCAACAGCCGCCGUCCCGCCUAGAUGGCACCAGCCGCAUCUUCCAAUCUUCUGUUCGACCCAAAACUCCGGUCGAUCGUAUAGAUAUAAGAUCCCUCAGCCGCAGAUCUCAGGUGCCGUUUAUUCCUGCUGGUGCAUCGGAAAAUCAGUCUCACCAUGUUAAUUUCAAAACAUACGGGUACUCCCGCCGAACGAAUUCAGAUAGCUCCGGUGAUAUCAUUUCCCAGGGUUCCUCUUCGUCUCGAAAGCCACGCUUCAGCCGCUCAGAGCCUAUUGGGAGUAGUCUUCAAGACAGAAGCCCAGAGACCACAUUCGCCGGCAUGAAGCGUACGCUAACCCGACCCACCCGCCGACGGAAUUUCGGUGAUGGUACAGAGUUAGAAUCACUGGAUGAUCUUCCCACAUCUGCUUCGGCAGAGAGCAGAUUUGUCAAGUAUCCCACGUCGCACGGCGUCCCCAGAUCCUUUAGGAGUCGAUUGAGCCAAAAUCAGAAUACGCUGCUGCGAACAGAAAGUCCUGCUCAGUCUCCUGACCCACCCACGGGGGGAAAGCCACGGGACUCAAUUCCUAGAUUUGCACGAGACACCACUGCUUCUAGAAAUGCUCGAGAGCAACGCAUCGCUUCUAUGACCUUAACAUUGAAAAAUCGAGAGAGAAGCUCCCUCGCAUCUAUUAGCACUAACUGGAAGGAUCAGGUCGUCUCUCGGAGUCCCUCUACCUCUUUACCGAUGAGAAGCAAGAGAGGGAGGACUAAGGCAACACCCACAAAGCCCCAUCUCAUUAAGCCUAUGGGAGCGGGUGUCCAAGAAGCAAAGUCUGUAAAGGGCAUGCGAUACAAUCCGGCCACAUUUCAAUGGGAAGGCAAUGAGAAUUCCAUCAUAGAAUUCGAACCUGCCACCCCCAAAUCACCUAGACCUGCUCCCGCCCUGAUAACUAAUAUCGGGACCAUGCAAAAUGUGCAGGUAGUUGGUGGAAUGGUGUUCGACCCGAGACGGAUGUGCUGGCUCAAAAUGGCGCCAUCGCAGCCUGGAGACAGCGGGGUGUUGGCGGUGCAGGAUGAAGAUGAUGUUUUUUCAGGUCUUGAUGAUCUUCAAGAAAACGGUCCCAAAACCGGAAAUACAGCCGGUGGACGAACUUCAAACGCAUUCGAUGAACUUGGUCCUACGGCAAGUGGAGAUGACCGAAGCCCCGGGGAAUCGUCGGACGAAUGGCCCAUGACGGAGGAGUUCGACGUCGGGCCAGAGUUUAUCAAGCGUCAGCGAGCAGAAGAGGAGAAAUGGAGACGCAAGGUUGACAAAUGGAUCACCUCUGAUCGAAGAACCCUUGAAUAUGGCUGGAGAUGGGCAAUCAGAGAUCUGGUACGGGUUCACGGCGUCCUCCGAUCACAGUCCCUUGAUGAUCCUUGA